AUGAAUUAUCUGUAUUCAAGUAACAUCACACAAAGAUUAGGACUCGUUAGUCCAUUUACACGAUGGCCAAAAGCAAUCGUGCAUUACGCAUUGGACAAAUCGUUGGACCAGAAAACAUCGGAUGUCGUAAUUGCGGCGAUGAAUUACAUUCAGAACGUGUCUUGCGUACGUUUCAAUGUCAAGGAUAUUUGGACGUGGCAUUACGUAUUAAUUAAGCCAGGACGAGCGUGCACCUCAAAAGUCGGAUUCCGACGUGAAAGCCCGCAAAAAAUAAUCGUUGAUGGCAGUUUAUGUUCGAAAGGAAGCAUCAUUCACGAGCUUCUUCAUUGUCUUGGAUUCCUUCACAUGCACACCGCUAACGAUCGCGAUGACUACAUCAAAAUUAACUGGAAUAACAUUCGUGACGAUGCUAAAUUGAAUUUCAAGCCAUUCACAACACGUGUCAGCAUGUUUGAAACAGAAUAUGAUUAUGAUUCUAUAACACAUUACAGCAGCACUGCAUUUGCCAAAGACAAGAAACAUCCCACAAUCGUUCCGAAAAAUCCUGCUCCAAAUAUGGGACAGAGAAAAGAGAUGAGUGCUGGUGAUAUCAUCCGAUUAAAUCGUAUGUACAAUUGUUCGGACUUUAAAGUACCGAUAACAUUAAAAAGCUCAACGAUGACUCCAAUUCAAUUCACUAAUGGAACUGAGAUUAAACGUGUGGAACUUAAUCAAACUGAAGAUGUUACAUUGACUCGUCGUGAACUCACGGUGUCAACUGAGAAAUAUGAAAUGGAAUUGAACUCUAACAAUUCUCUUACGAAUGAUGAUGAAGAUGAUAUGAAACUAAGCAAGGAUCAAUUCAAUGCAUUGUAUUCGGGUCCGGGUUGCAGCUCGGAAGUAGGCAUGAGACACGGAAAACAAUUGAUGAAUAUAAAUGAGUCACUCUGUCCGCGUGGUAAAAUUAUUCAUGAGCUUUUACACUCGUUGGGGCUCCUACAUAUGCACACAGCCAAUGAACGUGACAAUUUCAUCAAAGUUAACUGGGAUAAUAUUAAAGAACAAGCUCCAGUUAAUUUCAAACACUUUGCGGCAGAUGUUUCCAUGUUCUCCACACAAUAUGAUUACGGAAGUAUAAUGCAUUAUAGUCCAUCAGAGUUUGCAAUCAACCGUUCAAUCCCGACUCUUGUUCCGCUGAAAGAAGUGAAAAAUAUGCGACAGCAUGAAGCUAUGAGUGAAGGUGAUGUAAUUCGAUUGAAUCGUUUGUACAAGUGUCAACCGCCAUUUUCUAACUUUGAACAUUCAACGAUUGAAAAUCCUUCAACUGAUCCAACAAUAACAUCAACAAAAAUAGGAACAACAACGGAACUCAUCGUUGAGAAUAAUGAAAUGAAGUAA